AUUGGGGUAACUUCCCAUUCCUUGUAAUAUAAUCUUCCUCUGUUCUCUUUCUCCUUUCAACCUAUGAAUUCACAACAACAAUUUUCACAACAACCCAUAAUCCAAAAUGUCACCUUUUUUUCUUCUACUUCUCUUGAUCUCUUCCUUGAAUCUUGGGCAUGCACAAUCCCAACCCAAAAAUCAAGCUUUCAUAUCCAUGCUAAUUACCCAAAAUGGCCUUGAUUUCGUGAAACAAUUACUUGUAGAAAAAGCAAUUUCCUCCUUAAUUUCACUCCAAUUACCGAAUAUUGAAAAGAGUACCAAAAUUCCAUUAAUGGGUAAUGUUUACUUGGUGCUUUCUAAUAUCACAAUGUAUCGAAUGGAUGUUCCUUUUUCUAAUGUCAAGCCUAAAGAGACUGGAAUUUUUAUUCUAGCUUCUGGGGUUAGUUGUAAUUUGAGUAUGAAUUGGUAUUACUCUUAUAGUACUUGGCUUGGUCCUGUUAGGAUUUCUGAUCAUGGUUNNNCAGAAGUUCAGGUUGAAGGCAUGGAAGUUGGACUUACAUUGGGAUUGAAGAACCAAGAAGGAUCUUUGGAUCUCAAACUUAAGGACUGUGAUUCUAAUGUUAAGGAUGUUUUCAUAAAAUUGGAUGGAGGUGCAUCUUGGCUUUAUCAAGGGAUUGUUGAUGCUUUUGAAGGGAUAAUUGAAUCAGCGGUCAAAAAUGCUAUCACCAAGAAACUUGGAAAAGGGAUUUCAAAGCUUGAUUCAUAUUUGAAGAGCCUUCCAAAGGAGGUUCCGGUUGAUGAUCACUCUUCCUUGAAUGUAACUUUUGUCAACGAUGUUUUACUAAGUGACUCGUCAGUUGGAUUUCAAACAAAUGGGUUGUUUAUAGAAAGAAAUGGUUCCCUACCUAUUCUUAACCUCUUCCAUAAGAAUACAAAACUUCCAAUUCUAUGCACCAAUUUGUCCAAAAUGCUAGCAAUCACUUUAGACGAGGCUGUUUUCAACUCUGCAUCAGCCUUGUAUUAUGAUGCAAAGUUUAUGCAUUGGAUUGUGGACCAAAUACCAGAUCAAUCGCUAUUGAACACUGCAGGAUGGAGAUUUAUCAUUCCCCAGCUGUACAAGAAAUACCCAAAUCAUAAAAUGAACUUGAACAUAUCUUUUUCUUCUCCUCCACUUGUGGAGAUUUCAAAUCAUAAAGCCGGUGCUAACGUAUUUGUAGACUUAACAAUCGAUGUUUUGGAAGAAGAUAAAGUAAUACCAGUGGCAUGUAUCUCAUUGGUGAUUCAAGCUUCAGGGUUGGUCAAAAUAAAUGGAAACAACCUUGUAGGUGCUGUCAGAUUGGAUGACUUUGGAAUGUCAUUGAAAUGGAGCAACGUUGGCAAUCUGCGAAUGUACCUUAUUCAGCCGGCUAUGUGGGCUAUUAUCGAAACCGUGUUCUUGCCGUAUGCAAAUGAACAUCUCGGUAAAGGGUUACCUUUGCCGAUCAUUCACGGUUUCACCUUACAAGAUGCAGAGAUAAUCUUGUCGAUGUCAAGUGUCGCAGUUUGCAGUGACGUAGCGUAUACUGAAUCAAAUGAGCAUUUCGUAAAAUUGAUUGAGUAGAUAAACAUUUUUUUUAAUGCACUGUAAAUAUUUCAAAUCAGAAAUCAAGAUGGUAAGUCACCUUGUGCAAUCUUGUGUUUUUUGUUAAUUGUUUAGGUAAUGGGAUAACCAUCACACCUAGACGUACAGAAUAUUACAAACCAGUGAAAUACAUGUGCAUUUUGCACAGGUCCUUUAGAUAGUUAGUCAUAUUUAAGUUGAAAAUUACUAAA